AACACAUUUCAAUUGUUUGUUGCAGGCCUCAAAGAAGAAUAUGUCAGACCUGGAGAGCAGCAUGGUCACCAUCAUCCAAGUGUUUCACAAAUACUCGGGUCAUAAAUGCAAGCUGAAGAAAGCAGAGCUUAAAGCGCUCAUCGACAACGAGAUGAGUCAUUUCAUACUGAAAAUCCAAGAGAACGAAACCCUGGAUGAGCUCUUUGCAGACCUCGACCAGAACGGAGACCUGGAGAUUGACUUCCAAGAGUUCAUUACCCUCAUCGCCAUGGUCACCUCAGCAUGCCAUGAACUCUUCAUCCCAAACUACCAAAAGAAAUAG